AUUUGCUUUGAGCUUUCAGAGAAGGUUGAAAAACUAAUAGCAGAGCAGCCUAGCAGAACAAAGAACACAGAGAGUUGGGUUUUAUUUUUUUCUGAUAAAUUUUUGGAAGAGGAAGAUGGUGAGAGCUCCUUGCUGUGAGAAGAUGGGGUUGAAGAAAGGGCCUUGGACCCCUGAAGAAGAUCACGUACUUGUCACUUACAUUCAACAGUAUGGCCAUGGCAACUGGCGAGCUCUGCCAAAACUAGCUGGUUUGUUGAGGUGUGGAAAGAGUUGCAGACUCAGAUGGACAAACUACUUGAGGCCGGAUAUCAAAAGAGGGAAUUUCAGCAGAGAAGAAGAAGACGCAAUCAUCAACUUACAUGAAGUGCUAGGAAAUAGAUGGUCAGCAAUUGCAGCUAGAUUGCCGGGUCGUACAGACAAUGAAAUUAAAAACGUUUGGCACACCCACUUAAAAAAGAGGCUCAAACAAAACCGAACCACCACCUCAGAAACCAGAGCACGCUUCUUCUCCACAAAAACAGAGCAAGAGCCAGAGCCCAGUGAAAAAUCUGAGAGCUUGGAUUGUGGGCCAGCCUCUCCUCCUCAAUGCACCUCAAGUGACACGUCGUCAGCCACCACAAGCGACAACAACAGCAACAUCAAAAGCAACAACGACAAGACAUGCAUGGAGUUUGAUGGGUACGCAGCAAACUUACCAGAGGCUGAUGAGAGCUUCUGGUCGGAGGUAUUGUCGGCUGAGAAUUUUGAUCAGAUGGUGGACCAGGUUCAGGCCAUUGGUGGUGUCCCAGGAGUUGGUGUGGGCCCUGCUGAUGAUGGGUUUUGCUUAGAUAUGUAUGACCAUAACAGCAUGGAUUUUUGGCUCAAUAUUCUCCCAGGAGCGGAUGAAAUUCCAGAGUUAUUAUUAGGUAUUUGAUUUGGAGAGAACGAGAAGACUGUUUUGUAAUUUUAUUCAUUAAGCUUCCAGUUGGGAAAUAGAAUUUGGUUUGCUU